AUGACGAAUCCUGCAGGACCUUCUGCUUCUGCGAACCAGAAGGUGCAAGCCCGCCAGCCACAAAGGCGUGUGGGGAACCGUCAUGAUCGUACACGUGCUCCAUCCAAAGAGGACAGCAUGGAGCAAGUUGCAGCUCCCGUCAUAGAGCUGGUAACCAAGGGCAAGAUGGAUGAAGUCGAGGCCUUCCUGCAGCAGGAUGCCAACAAGCCAAUGGUCACAAAGGCGUUCUACCACUGGAUCAUCCAUGCUUGCCAAACAAAGCUCAACAAACCCGAGGCAGCCCGCUGGUUUGCCACUCGCAUGGAGAAAUCAGGCUACAAAGCAAACGUGGUCACCUUCAAUUGCAUGAUUGGGUCGUGCAUCAAGAAUGGUGACUUGGAGCAGGCCAGGGCCUGGUGGGACGUCAUGGCCGUCAGCGGCAUCAAGCCCAACCGGAUCACCUAUAACAUCCUCAUCAGCUCCUGUGCCAAGACCCGCGAUGCAGCUGCUGCAGAGAAGUGGAUGCUGCGCAUGAUCGAGCAAGGCAUCAAGCCCUGCACUGUAUCCUUCACGGCCGUGAUCAGUGCCUUCGCCAAAGUCGGAGAUCUGAAGUCUGCGGAGAGGUGGUUCUACCGCAUUGAGGAAUCCGGUGAGGUCGCCGACUCGGUGGUCUUCAACAGCAUGAUCAACGCGUGUGCCAAAGCGGGAGACAUCGAAAGCGCCGACCAUUGGCUCGAGCGCAUGUUGCAGGCCGGCGUGAAGCCUGAUGACAAGACGUACAACA